AUGGCUUCCUUGUUUACUGUCCCGAUCAGCUCUACCGGUGGCUCAAUUGUUUGCACAAACCCCAGCACAGACAAAAAGCAUGAAAACAUCUACGUUCUUACCUUUACCUCGCCCAAGGAUAAUCGCCUGACACCCAUCUUUAUCGACGCUUUGAUUCUCGCUCUUGACAUUAUUGAGCAUCGCUACCCGAAGGGGGUUGUAGUCACUACUAGCGGAAUUGCCAAGUUCUACAGUAAUGGGCUUGACCUCGAUAUCGUUAGCAAAACCGAAGGGUUCCUAGAGAACUGGCUUUGGAGACUGUUCCGACGAUUCUUGACAUACCCCAUGCCAACAGUAUGUCUCUUGAACGGCCAUGCCUUCGCUGGAGGCUUCAUGCUGGCUAUGUACCACGACUACCGAGUCAUGAACCCGGACCGUGGGUUCUUGUGUAUUAAUGAGCUGGAAUUCGGCGUCCCGCUCCAGACGCCUAUGAUGGCUAUCUUCCGUGAGAAGCUGGCUCCAGUCACAUUCCGGAAUGUGGUUCUGGAGGCCCGCCGCUGGGGUGGACGCGAUGCACUCCAGGCCGGAAUUGUCGAUGCAGUUGGCGGUGCCCCGGAAGCUCUUGCUCUUAUCCAGGAUCGCAAGCUGCAAAACAAGGCUGCAACAGGCAUUUAUGGCACCAUGAAGGAGGAGAUGUAUGCUCGGACCCUGAGUGGCUUGGACGAUCAUGCUGGUAACUUGAAGUGGAGGGAGAAUGUGGAGGAUAAGAACCAUGCUGUCCAGAAGAGAGGACUGGAGGCUGUAGAAGCAUUUGAGAAGAAUGGAAAGGCGAAGCUUUGA